AUGCGCAAGGGGCCGGGCAUCGCCGCGCUGGACCGCUCCAUGCACUCGUCGCAGCAGUACUCGACGCUGGGCAGCGAGCUGACGACGACGCAGAUUGCCUCGCUCCGCGCCCAGCUCGACCAGUUCGCCACGGCGCUGCGCCACUUUGCCACCCAGCACCGCCAGGAGAUUCUCGCCAGCCCCUCGUUCCGACAGGCGUUCCAGCGCAUGUGCUCGAGCAUCGGCGUCGACCCGCUCGCAUCGCCCAUCCCCUCGUCGAGCCGCUCCGGCCCGGGCGCAAAGGUCGCGGGCAUCUGGAGCGACCUCCUCGGCCUCGCAGACUGGCAGUACGAGCUCGGCGUACAGAUCAUCGACGUCUGCGUGUCCACGCGCCACCUCAACGGCGGCCUCAUCGCCAUCGACGAGCUCAUCGCCCGCGUCUCGCGCCUGCGCAACGGCCAGCAGCACCUGCCGUCAUCGACCUCGGCAGCGGCGAUAACGGCCACAUCACCGACGCAGCGGACGGGACCAGGCAAGGCUGGGACGUCGUCGAGCAGUGCGCAGACGAGCGCCAUCAGCGAGGACGACGUCGUUCGGAGCAUCAAGACGCUCGCACCGCUUGGGUGCGGCUACGAGAUCAUACAGGUCGGCAGCAAGAAGAUGGUCCGAAGCGUGCCGCGACAGCUGGGCACGGAUACCAUGACUGUGCUCGCCAUCCUUGCGCUGCCAGCAACUCCCCUCUCGACUUCGCCCGCAUCACCGACGGCGACGACGCCGCACGCAGCCACCACCGCUUCCGUCGACCGGGACGAGACCGGCCUUCCCUACGUGACCGAGCAGUCGCUCAUGCUGCCACGCUCGGCGGCGGGAACAUCUACCACGGCGGCCAAGCCGGCAUGGACCAGCGAGCGGGCGCGCGCCGUGCUCGACGACCUGGUGCUGCGCGAGGGCAUGCUGUGGGUCGACCACCAGGCAUACCCUCCGCGAUACUACUCGCUCGCCAUCGGCCUCGAGGCAGCAUAG